AUGGCACGAGAUAAUCACACUGCGUUUUCUGACUUCAUUCUCCUUGGAUACUCAAAUCUCCCAGAUCUCCAAGGUUUGCUCUUUUCUGUGUUCCUGAUCACAUAUUCAGGCAUUCUAAUUGGAAAUGGACUAGUCAUUUAUGUUACAAUAUCCGACCCUGCCCUUCACACUCCUAUGUAUUUCUUUUUGAGGAACCUGUCUUUCCUGGAGAUCUGCUACACCUCAGUCACUGUGCCGAAUAUGGCGGCCAAUUUAGUGGCAGAAAAGAGCAACAUUUCUUUCAUUGGCUGUGCUGCCCAGAUCUACUUCCUACUUAUACUAGGAGGCACAGAGUGCUUCCUAUUGACUGCCAUGGCUUAUGACCGAUAUGUAGCCAUAUGUAACCCCUUGUAUUAUAAGCUCAUCAUGAACAAGCAAUUCUGUUUGGUACUCAUCACUGGAUCAUUGGUUGUCAACAUGUCCAUACAUGCAGGACAAAUAUAUCUAGUGUUCACCUUGCCCUUUUGUGACUCUCAUGAAAUUAAUAACUUAUUCUGUGAUGUACCCCCACUGCUUGAUCUGGCCUGCGGUGACACCAAUGUUAACCAGUUAAUUGUGUUUGCAGCUGCCGUAGUUUUCUUGAUCAUCCCUUUUUCCCUUAUCUUUGCUUCUUAUGUGAAAAUAAUUUCUGCUAUUCUGAAGAUGCCUUCAGCAGACGGUCGGAAGAAAGUGUUCUCCACUUGCUCCUCACACCUUAUUGUCGUAUCUCUCUUUUAUGGCUCAGCAACUAUUGUAUAUUUGAGUCCUAGGUCAAAGGAGACAGAAGACAUUAAUAAGUUGCUUUCCUUGUUCUAUACCAUUUUAGUUCCUAUGUGUAACCCAAUCAUAUAUAGCCUGAGAAACAGGGAAGUGAAAGUGUCCCUGAGAAAAUUGCUGGGUAGAAAAAUGUGA